CAGACUAAAACAUGGCUGAACAACCUCUCAACGGUGCCUUCUACGGUCCAUCAGUCCCACCACCGGCUCCCAAAGGCUACUUCCGCCGCCGUGGGCAUAGCCGCGGUUGUGGUUGUUGCCUCUUCAGCUUCUUUGUCAAAGUUAUCAUAGCCAUUAUUGUCAUCCUUGGCAUAGCAGCUCUCAUCUUCUGGCUCAUCGUCCGUCCUCGACCCAUCAAGUUCCACGUGACCCAAGCUUCCCUUACCCGCUUUGAACACACUUCCCCUGACAACAUUUUAAGGUAUAACCUAUCCCUCACUGUCCCUGUCCGUAACCCUAACAAGAGAAUUGGAGUCUACUACGACAGGAUCGAAGCUCAUGCCUACUACGAUGGGAAGCGGUUUAGUUCUACCACGUUAACUUCUUUCUAUCAAGGACACAAGAACACGACCGUUCUCACACCAAUGUUCCAAGGCCAAAACCUUGUUAUCUUUAACGCCGGAGAGUCACGUACUUACAACGAGGAGACCAUCGCCGGAGUUUAUAAUAUAGAGAUUAAGUUUAGGCUUAGGGUUAGGUUUAAGCUUGGGGACGUGAAGUCUCGGAGGACUAAGCCUAAGGUUAAUUGUGAUGAUCUAAGGCUUCCUUUAAGUACCUUUAACGGAACUACAACCUUCGCUACCGUUCUCCCUCUCAAGUGCGACUUCGAUUUUUAAGUCUUUGCUUUCAUCUAAUUCCAUCAUAUAUUUUUGGUUCGUUUAUUUUUAUUUUUUUUUCUAUGCAACACUACGACUUAUCGUCUAUAGAGUCCAUUGAUUUUGUAUACAUUGAUUCAUCUUUCAUGUUCAUAUUUAUAUAUAAAUAAAGCAUUCAUUUUAUGUGAUUAAUACAU